AUGCAAGAACAAUCAGAGACACCACCACGCCCACCCCCCAUCCUAACCACCAAGCGCCUAAUAAUCCGGCCCAUGUACCUCCCCGACGCAGCCUCCACAGCUCAGCACGCCAACGACCCCCUCGUUGCAAGAUACAUGUCACUCGCGUUCCCCAACCCCUACACACUCGACAGCGCAACCGCCUGGAUCACCAUGAACCUAGCGCUCGCCCGCCAAGAAGCCUUUGUCAUCUGCACCAUAUCCGCACCCGACGUUGUAAUCGGGGGCAUCGGCCUCAAGCCCGGGCGCGACGUGAGUGCGCACACAGCCGAAGUGGGUUUCUGGGUCGCGCGCAUGUACUGGGGCAACGGGUUCAUGAGCGAGGCGCUUGCAGGCUUUACGCACUGGGCCUUUGAGAAUUGGGUUGGCGACCGGGGAUGCGGGCUACGCAGGCUGUGGGGCGGUGCGUUUGCGCCGAAUGCGGCGAGUGUGCGGUGUUUUGAGAAGUGUGGCUAUGUGCAUGAGGGUGUGAUGAAGGGCCAUUGUGAGAAGAAUGGCGAGGUGAUGGAUAUGCAUUAUUUGGGCUUGACCAAGACGGAUUGGGAGGAGAGGGUGAGGGGCGUGGGAGAGACCUAG